GCAAUGGUAGUGCACUUCCUGUAGUGUGGAGGGUGUGAUUUGGGACUGUAGUGUGGGUGUAGAGGGUGGAUGUAGAGGGUGGAGGGUGUGAUUUGGGGCUAAUCCCGGUGUUCCUCACUCUUCCAGGUUGCGAUCCGGCCGAGACGUCAGGAUGUACGCGGUGUUCCGUCAGGCUCAUCACCCCACCGCCGUGGAGUUCUCCGUCUACUGUAACUUCAUCUCGAGUGAGGAGAAGAACCUGGUGGUGGCCGGAACGUCGCAGCUCUACGUCUACAGGAUCAUCCACGAUUAUGAGAGCUCUACAAAAUCCGAUAAAUCAUCAGACGGUAAGAGCCGUAAGGAGAAGUUGGAGCAGGUGGCGUCUUUCUCUCUCUUCGGUAACGUGAUGUCGAUGGCCAGCGUGCAGCUCGUGGCGACGAACAGAGACGCCUUACUGCUCAGCUUUAAAGACGCCAAGCUGUCAGUGGUGGAGUACGACCCGGGGACACAUGACCUCAAGACCCUCUCGCUGCACUUCUUCGAGGAGCCGGAGCUUCGGGAUGGUUUUGUGCAGAACGUACACAUCCCCAUCGUGCGCGUGGAUCCGGAGAACCGCUGUGCGGUGAUGCUGGUCUACGGCACGCAGCUCGUCGUUCUUCCUUUCAGGAAGGACACGCUGACCGACGAGCAGGAGGGGAUCGUUGGAGAAGGGCAGAAGUCCAGUUUUCUCCCCAGCUACAUCAUUGACGUGCGUGAGCUCGAUGAGAAGCUCCUGAACAUCAUCGAUAUGAAAUUCCUGCACGGUUACUACGAGCCGACGCUUCUGAUCCUGUACGAGCCCAACCAGACGUGGCCUGGGCGUGUUGCCGUGCGUCAGGACACGUGCAGCAUCGUGGCCAUCUCUCUGAACAUCAUGCAGAAGGUCCAUCCCGUCAUCUGGUCCCUCAGUAACCUGCCCUUCGACUGCACACAGGUCAUGGCUGUGCCCAAACCCAUAGGUGGCGUGGUGGUGUUUGCUGUGAACUCAUUGCUGUACCUGAAUCAGAGCGUCCCGCCGUUCGGGGUGUCCCUCAACAGCCAGACCAAUGGGACGACGGCGUUCCCUCUGCGUGUUCAGGAGGAGGUGAAGCUCACUCUGGACUGCUCUCAGGCCGCCUUCAUCACCUCUGAUAAGAUGGUCAUCUCUCUGAAAGGAGGAGAAAUUUAUGUCCUGACGCUGAUAACAGACGGUAUGAGAAGCGUGAGAGCGUUCCACUUCGACAAGGCAGCCGCCAGCGUCCUCACCACCUGUAUGGUGACGAUGGAGCCGGGGUUCCUGUUCCUGGGUUCUAGAUUGGGGAACUCUCUGCUGCUGAGGUACACCGAGAAACCGCAGGAGAGCGCCUCGGACGACGGGACAGAGAAGGAGCGAGACAAGGAGAAGGACAAACAGGAAGAACCACCAAAUAAAAAGAAACGCGUGGACUCCAACAGUAAUUGGUCAGGAAAGGCCUCCAUGUUGGAUGAACUGGACGAGAUCGAGGUUUAUGGGAGUGAAGCUCAGUCAGGCACUCAGCUGGCCACCUACUCUUUUGAGGUGUGUGACAGCAUCCUGAACAUCGGGCCGUGUGUGAACGCGUCGAUGGGAGAACCGGCCUUCCUUUCUGAAGAGUUCCAGAGUAACCCCGAGCCUGACCUGGAGGUGGUGGUGUGCUCCGGAUACGGAAAAAACGGCGCCCUGUCGGUACUGCAGAGGAGCAUCAGACCCCAGGUGGUGACGACCUUUGAACUCCCCGGGUGUCAGGACAUGUGGACUGUUAUCUCUAACGAGGAGAAACCUGAGCAGCCUCCAGCAGAGGGCGAGAGAGAGUCCCAGGAGGACGUGGAGAAACAGGAGCUCCCUGUGGAUGAUGAGAAAAACAAACAUGGCUUCCUGAUCCUGAGCAGAGAAGACUCCACCAUGAUCCUGCAGACGGGGCAGGAGAUCAUGGAGCUGGACACGAGUGGAUUUGCCACUCAGGGCCCCACCCUCUACGCCGGCAACAUUGGAGACAAUAAAUACAUCAUCCAGGUGUCUCCCAUGGGCAUCCGGCUGCUGGAGGGAGUGACGCAGCUUCACUUCAUCCCCGUGGAUCUGGGAUCUCCCAUAAUCCACUGCUCCGUGGCCGACCCCUACGUAGUGAUCAUGACGGCUGAGGGAGUCGUCUCCAUGUUCGUCCUGAAGAGCGACUCGUACAUGGGAAAGACUCACCGCCUCGCCCUACACAAACCACACCUCCACACGCAGUCACGUGUGAUCACGCUGUGUGCGUACCGUGACGUGAGCGGCAUGUUCACCAUCGAAAACAAAGUGGCGUUCUUAAACAGAGAGGAAACGGUGAGCAGGAGCCAAUCAGAGUCCGAGACGCUCAUCCACGACCUCGGUACUUCAGUGGACGAUGAGGAGGAGAUGCUGUACGGAGACUCGCACCCUCUGACGAGCCCUGGAAAAGAUGAGUUCAGUCGCUCCUCGGCUCCGUGUCACUCCGACUGUCCUGGAGCUCAGAGUAAACACGACCCCACACACUGGUGCAUGGUGGUGCGCGAGAACGGCGUCAUGGAGAUCUAUCAGCUGCCUGACUGGAGGUUGGUGUUCCUGGUGAAGAACUUCCCCGUCGGUCAGCGCGUGCUGGUGGACAGCUCAGCCGGCCAAUCAGCCGCUCAGGGCGAGACCAAGAAGGAGGAAGUGACACGUCAGGGAGAGAUCCCAUUGGUUAAAGAGGUGAUGUUGGUGUCACUGGGCUACAACCAGAGCCGGCCGUACCUGCUGACUCAUGUGGAUCAGGAGCUGUUGAUCUAUGAGGCGUUUCCGUAUGAUCAGCAGCACGGACAGAGCAGCAACCUCAAAGUUCGCUUUAAGAAGAUGCCUCACAAUAUUAACUUCAGAGAAAAGAAAUCCAAACUGAAGAAGGAGAAGAAGCCCGAGGUUCCCGGAGAGGAGAGCGCCGGGGUCAAAGGUCACGUGGCGAGGUUCAGAUACUUUAAAGACAUCUCUGGAUAUUCUGGAGUGUUUAUCUGUGGUCCUUCUCCUCACUGGAUGUUCGUGACGUCUCGUGGUGCGAUGAGGCUCCACCCCAUGACCAUAGACGGACCAAUCGAGUCUUUCUCUCCAUUCCACAACGUCAACUGCCCCAAAGGCUUCCUGUACUUCAAUAAGCAGGGCGAGUUGAGGAUCAGUGUGUUACCUACAUACCUGUCGUAUGACGCUCCGUGGCCUGUGAGGAAGAUUCCUCUGCGCUGUACAGUUCACUACGUCAACUACCACGUAGAGUCCAAGGUGUAUGCUGUGUGUAGCAGCAUUAAGGAGCCGUGUACCCGAAUCCCCAGGAUGACGGGAGAGGAGAAGGAGUUCGAGAUCAUAGACAGAGACGAGCGAUAUAUUAAUCCACAACAGGACAAAUUCUUCAUCCAGCUCAUCUCACCUGUCAGCUGGGAGGCCAUUCCUAACACACGGAUUGAUCUGGAGGAGUGGGAACACGUGACGUGUAUGAAGACGGUGGCGCUGAAGAGUCAGGAGACCGUGUCUGGUCUGAAGGGUUACGUUGCCAUAGGAACCUGUUUAAUGCAGGGAGAGGAGGUCACCUGCAGGGGCCGGAUCCUCAUCCUGGAUGUGAUCGAGGUGGUACCGGAACCGGGCCAGCCCCUCACCAAGAACAAGUUCAAGGUUCUGUAUGAGAAGGAGCAGAAGGGACCCGUCACGGCUCUGUGUCACUGUAACGGGUACCUCGUCUCUGCCAUCGGACAGAAGAUUUUCCUAUGGAGUCUGAAGGAUAACGAUCUGACCGGUAUGGCCUUCAUAGACACACAGCUCUACAUCCAUCAGAUGUACAGCAUCAAGAACUUCAUCCUGGCAGCAGACGUGAUGAAGAGCAUCUCUCUGCUCCGCUACCAGGAGGAGAGUAAAACACUGUCACUCGUCAGCAGGGAUGCGAAGCCUCUGGAGGUCUACAGCAUCGAGUUCAUGGUGGACAACGGCCAGCUCGGCUUCCUGGUGUCUGACAGAGAUAAAAACCUGCUGGUCUACAUGUACCUGCCUGAAGCUAAGGAAAGCUUUGGCGGCUUGCGUUUGUUACGUAGAGCUGAUUUUAACGCCGGUUCUCACGUGAACACGUUCUGGAGAAUGCCGUGUCGUGGAGUUCUGGAUCCAGCCAGCAAGAAGUCUCUGAACUGGGACAAUAAACACAUCACCUGGUUCGCCACUCUGGAUGGAGGGAUUGGUUUGUUAUUGCCGAUGCAGGAGAAAACAUACCGCAGGUUGUUGAUGUUACAGAACGCACUGACCACCAUGCUGCCUCACCACGCUGGGCUGAACCCCAAAGCCUUCAGGAUGCUGCACACUGACCGGCGGACCCUACAGAACGCCGUGAGGAACAUUCUGGAUGGAGAGCUGCUGAAUAAAUACCUGUACCUGAGCACGAUGGAGCGCAGCGAGCUGGCCAAGAAGAUCGGCACCACGUCCGACAUCAUUUUGGAAGACCUGCUGGAGAUGGAUCGAGUCACGGCUCACUUCUGAUUUCCGCGCCCCACACACACACACACACACACACACACACACCCGCAGCGUGAGGAGUGAGGGGAUAACUCCAGAGACGUAGAAUAACGCAACUUUUCCGUUUGUUCUUGUGUUAAUCCGAGUGGUGUUGGUGAACGUGUAGAAUAUUUUGUAUGCAAAAAGAAUGGAAUAAAACACUUUUCAGGA